ACCUCCCCUUUUGUUAAACCUCGUGUAUGACUUCAGCUUUACUUUCUCAAGACAUGCCAAAGUGCUGAGUCACUAAAAGAAAAAAAAAAAAAAAGGAAAGAAAUAAAAGAAAGUAAAGGAAGAGUGAUCCUGCUUCUUAGGGCUAGCCUCAGUAAUGACCUAAGCGGCACUUUUCCCCCCCGGUUAUGAUUCCUAUGAUGCUAAAGGACGUCACAUUGCACAAUCUUAAUAAGGUUUCCAAUCAGCCGCACCCGCAUUAGCCCCACCCCCCCCCACCCUCCAACAUAGAUUUAUCAAAUGUGGGAUUUUCCCAUGAGUCUCAAAAUUAGAGCCUCAACCCACAAUAAAUAUGAGGCUGGGGAUGCCUGAGACUCAUUCUAGCCUCCGAGCCCACCAGGAACGAAAGAGAGCUCCAUCUGCCCUCCAGGAAACCAGCUAUGAGUUCCCUUUCCACAAGCAUCUUCAGUUCACUUGCCUUCUCCUUGGGGCUGCUCCUGGGGAUGGCUACUGCUCUCCCCAUCCAUGAAACCACCAGUGCCAGCUCUCAUGGGGAUGCCACCCUGAGUACAACCGCCUUUUCAUCCAAGACUGAGGGGAGCAUUAGGUACAUCCUCGGCAAAAUCUCUGAACUGAAACAGGAGAUAUGUGAAAAUCACUCCAUGUGCAGAAAUGGUAUGGUGGCCCUGGAAGACAACAACCUGAAUUUUCCACAGAUAACAGAGGAUGGAGGAUGUUUGCCAUCUGGGUUCAACAAGGAGACCUGCCUGAAUACCAUCACCACCAGUCUCUCAGAGUAUCAACCAUACCUCAAUUAUCUUCAGGAAAAUUACAACCUUAAUGAGCGAACUGCCAUUGAUAUUCAAACCUAUUUUAAAGUCCUGAUUCGGAUCCUGAAGCAAAUGGAGAACAACGCAGAUGAAAUAACCACCCCUAACCCAGUGAAAUAUGACACACUGUCAAAAAUGCUGAGAUCACAGAACAACUGGCAGAUGAACACAACGUUUUACCUCACCCUGCAAAGUCUUGAGAGGUUCCUGCAGUAUACCGUAAGGGCUAUUCGGAUGAUGUAGCCUGGCUAUUUAGAACUGUUGUACUUUUUGGGCAUUCCUUCCCUUGGUCAGAAACCUGUCCACUGGGCACAUAAUUUAUGCUGCUCUCUCUGAAGAACUAGUAGUAUGAGUUAGGACACUAUUUUUGAUUGUUUUUUAAUUUAUUGAUAUUUAAAUAUGUGAUUCUGAGUUAAUUUAUGUGACAGAUAUUUAUAUUUUUAUGAAAUGCCACAAGAAAUAUUUUAUGUAUUAAUUUUGAAAAAUUAACUUAAAAGGGCUAUGAAGCUUGAAUGUCCUCAUUGUUUCAGAGCCAGAUCAUUUUUUGAAAUGUGUGAGAUUACCUCAGAUAAAUUGUUAAUUUAUACAUAUUUUGAAGAAAUAUUUAUAAUGUAUUUAUAUAAUUUUUAAAUCAUUUUUAUAUCAAUAAAAUCUUUUUUA